AUGCAACAGGGGUCGGUUUUUGGCGAACCGCUGGAGCGCGAUUUUGGUGGGACGCGGAUCGCUUGGAGCCGGAAUGUUGGCGGCGCACCGAUUGAUCCGGUGAUCACUAAAACUCUGGACGCACAACGGCAGGUUUUCGAGGAUCUGGGUUGCAUCGUCGAGGACGCCGAACCGCCGUUGGAGGAUGCUGGUGAGAUAUUCCACGUACUGAGGGCAGCGAUAUUUGCGCAUCAGCAUGAGGCGAACAUUCGCGACCACCGGAAGAUGGUCAAGGAUACGAUAAUCUGGAACGCGGAGGAAGGGGCGAGAAUCUCGGCAUUGGAUGUAAAGAAGGCCGAGGAGCGAAGGACGGCACUGUAUGUGCGAAUGGCGGAUUUCAUGAGUCGAUAUGAUUUCCUCAUGCUGCCAGUGACCUCGGUUCCGCCAUUUUCUGCUGAUGUGGAGUAUCCAACCGAGAUUGCAGGCAAACCACUGGCGAACUACCUCGAGUGGAUGACGCCGUGUUCGUCGAUCACGGUGACAGGACUUCCCGCGAUUUCGGUUCCGAGUGGUUUCGCCGCUGACGGAUUACCGGCUGGGCUGCAAAUCGUGGGUCAGCAAAAGGCCGAUUUCUCCGUGUUGCAGAUGGCGCAUGCGUUCGAAGAACUUGACGGAAAAUCGGCGGUGGUUACCGGAGGUAGCCGUGGGAUUGGGAAAGCAAUCGCUUGGGAGUUAGCGCGCGAGGGGUGCAAUGUGGCGAUCUGUGCGCGCAACGUAGAUGCUCUGGAGGCGACCGCGAAAGAAAUCGCUGCAGAUACUGGUCGUGACAUCUUCGCGAUUGAGUGCAAUACGUCGGACACGACUUCGGUUGAUGCCAUGGUUGCUCGGGCGAAUUUCCAGUUGGGCGGCAUCGACAUCCUGGUCAACAACGCCGCUCGACCGCUGGGUCAGGCACGUGUUCCAGGAAUCGAGGGAGUUACGGACGAUGCGUUCAACGAAGACAUCAACACCAAGGUGUUGGGAUAUCUAAGGUGUGCGAGGGCGGUAGCACCGAUCAUGAAAGAACGCGGAUGGGGACGCAUCAUCAACAUCAGCGGCCUCGCAUCGCGGUCAAGCGGGUCGGCAGUGGGUUCGAUGCGGAAUGUGGCUGUCUCGGCGCUCACUAAAAAUCUAGCUGAUGAAUUGGGUCCGCAUGGGAUCAAUAGCGUCGUAAUCCAUCCGGGCACGACUCGGACGGAAGCGACGGCCGGGGUAGCAGCGGCAAGGGCGGCAGAGCGUGGAGUUUCGGUCGAGGCGAUUCUGGAGGAGAUGGCGAAGAACAACUCGGCGCGGCGAAUCAUCGAUGCAAGGGAGAUCGCCUACAUCGCUGCGUUCGUGGCCUCACCAAAGGCAGUGGCGAUCAAUGGAGACGGCAUUGCGGCAGGCGGAGGCGUCGGAACCGCAAUCCACUACUGA